AAGAAAUCAUUACAAUGUAAACACUUCGAUGUAUUAUAUACAUGGGUCAAUGGAAGUGAUCCACAAUGGAUUAAAGAAAGGAUGGCUACAGAAAUGAGGCUUGGAAUACCAUAUCAAGGUAUAUGGCGAUAUAGAGACGUGAUGGGUUUAAAGUAUUCAUUGAGGAGUAUUAAGAAACAUUUGCCAUGGGCCAGACGUAUAUUUGUAGUGACGGCACAACAGUAUCCGACAUGGUUCAAUCAGACAAUGGAUGACUUUGAUACUGGUGUCAAGUUCAUCUUCCACGAUCAAUUAUUCCACAACAAGAGUCAUUUACCAACAUACAGUUCAUCCUCAAUCGAAGCAAACUUUUGGAACUUACCAGAUACCGUCUCUGAUUGCUUCAUAUAUCUAAACGAUGAUAUAUUCUUUUCAUCAGACAUCAGACAGGAUGACCUUUAUCGAAUCGACACUGGACAAGCACUUCAUUUCACAGGAUGGAAGGCACCUGUUCGUUUGGAACUUCAACAGACAAAUCCAUAUCAUGCAUCACAUGCUUACACGAAUGGAUUGUUGGACAAGAUGUGGGGAAUAGAGACAAGAAACUACUUUGCUCAUGGUGCAUUAUUGUUGAACAAACGUAUCCUAUCACUGAUAAGGGAUACAUUCAGCAAAGAGUUGGACAAUGACAGUGCCUCACCAUUCAGAUCGAAAUCAAUGUUUGUUCUACAGUUUGUUUAUGUUCACUUCGUAUCGAGGUUCAUCGAGUCGUACACUGGCCGUCAAGAUUUCAACUAUUAUGGCGAGAUUAGAGAUUGGCCCAAUCACAUGGAACGACUGACCAAGGACAUCAUCCAGAAGCGACCAAAAUGUGUCUGUCUCAAUGAUGGCCUACAAGAGAACUUCAAUCAAACUGUGCUCACAACUCUCGAACACAUGUUCGAGACACUAUUUCCAGAUAAACAAAGUUGGGAG